AUGGGCGUUCCUGCGUUUUACCGCUGGCUAGCGGAUCGGUACCCACUGUCCAUCGCCGACGUGGUGGAGGAACAGCCUAGGGAGGGCCCCAAUGGCGUGCCUCUACCGAUCGACGUUUCCAGACCAAACCCUAAUGGUUAUGAGUUCGACAACUUGUACCUCGACAUGAACGGCAUUAUACAUCCCUGUUUUCAUCCCGAUGGCAAGCCUGCUCCUGCUACCUAUCAUGAUGUAUUCAGUUCAAUAUUUGAUUACAUUGACCAUCUAUUCUCAUUGGUUCGCCCAAGAAAGCUUCUUUUUAUGGCAAUUGACGGGGUUGCUCCAAGAGCUAAAAUGAAUCAGCAACGUACUCGACGUUUCAGAGCUGCAAAAGAUGCGGAAGCCGAAGAGGAAAGACUGAAGAAAGAAUUUGAGAUGGAGGGGACAUAUUUGAUUCCUAAAGAGAAGCCUGAAACAUUAGAUUCAAAUGUUAUUACUCCGGGCACUCAAUUUAUGGCAGUGCUUUCGGUGGCACUUCAAUAUUUCAUACAAAGUAGGUUAAACCACAACCCUGGUUGGCGAUCUACCAAGGUUAUUCUGUCUGAUUCAAAUGUUCCUGGCGAGGGAGAGCACAAAAUAAUGUCAUACAUCCGAUCGCAGCGCAACCUUCCUGGUUUUGAUCCGAACACUCGGCAUUGUCUCUAUGGUUUGGAUGCAGAUCUAAUUAUGCUGGCUUUAGCUACACAUGAGGUUCACUUCUCAAUAUUAAGAGAGGUGAUUACUCUUCCAGGUCAACAAGAAAAAUGUUUUCUUUGUGGGCAAGUUGGUCAUCUGGCAGCCGAGUGUCGUGGUAAACUUGAUGAUUAUGGAAAUGUGGUAGAUGAAACCCCAAUUCACAAGAAGAAAUAUCAGUUCCUCAACUUAUGGGUAUUGCGCGAAUACUUGCAAUAUGAGCUGGAGAUUCCUAAUCCUCCUUUUCAGAUUAACUUUGAAAAGAUAGUGGAUGAUUUUGUGUUUAUGUGUUUUUUUGUUGGCAAUGAUUUUCUUCCACAUAUGCCGACAUUGGAGAUAAGGGAGGGUGCUAUUAAUUUAUUGAUGCAUAUUUAUAGAAGGGAGUUUACUGCUAUGGGUGGUUAUCUUACUGAUGCGGGUGAGGUAUUGUUAGACAGAGUAGAGCAUUUUAUUCAAUCUGUUGCUGUUUUUGAACGCCAAAUCUUUCAAAAGCGGGUUCGGAUUCAGCAGGCUAUAGAGAAUAAUGAAGAGAUGAGAAAUAGAUCUAGAAGAGAAUCUUCUGCAGAGCUACCGGCUCCAGUGGUCGACAAGGUUAAAUUGGGGGAGCCUGGAUAUAUAGAGAGGUACUAUGCUGAGAAAUUUCAAGUAACAAAUCCCGAGGAGAUUGAUAAAGUUAAAAAGGACUUAGUUUUAAAAUAUGUAGAAGGCUUAUGUUGGGUCUGCCGAUAUUACUACCAAGGGGUCUGCUCAUGGCAAUGGUACUACCCGUAUCAUUAUGCCCCUUUUGCUUCUGAUCUAAAAGAUUUAGAUGAAUUAGAAAUAACAUUUUUCUUGGGAGAGCCAUUUAAACCCUUUGAUCAGCUCAUGGGAACCUUACCGGCUGCAAGCUCUAGUGCUCUUCCGGAAAAAUACAGAAAGUUGAUGACUGAUCCAUCAUCACCAAUCUAUAAUUUCUAUCCUUCUGAUUUUGAGAUUGACAUGAAUGGCAAGCGCUUUGCAUGGCAGGGUGUUGCCAAAUUGCCAUUCAUUGAUGAGAAGAAAUUGCUUGCUCAGACAAGGAGGCUUGAAAGCACUUUAACGGAGGAAGAGCAGGCUCGGAAUAGUGUGAUGCUUGAUUUGCUUUAUGUCUAUCCUUCUCAUCCUUUGGCGGCACAAAUUAAUUUGUACUACCAACUAUAUUAUCAGUCGCCCCCUCAUGAAAGAUUUUUAUGGGCGAUAGACACAAUUGCUAGUGGUGGAAUGAAUGGAUACCUUUGGUUAUCCGAGAGAAAUGGUGUUCGAUACGUAAUCCCUUCCCCUGUUCGUGGUUAUCCGAACAUUGAUUAUAACCAAGUCUUAAAUGUUACCUAUCUUAAUCCCUCAGCUCAUAAACACAUCCCAGAACCUCCCCAGGGUGUGGUCAUGCCCAAAAAGGUUGUAAAACCUAUGGACAUCAAACCAGCCCCUGCAUUAUGGCAUGAAGACAAUGGUCGACGCCAGCAAGGCAGAGAGAGGCCACAAGUACCUGGAGCAAUUGCUGGACCUAUGUUGGGAGAAGCAGCUCAUCGACUUGUCAAGAACACACUUAAUAUUAGAUCUAAUAAUUCAGCUUCGGGAUUUUGGGACCAACAACCACUACGUAAUUUUCCAGGAAACUAUCCAGUCAAUAGACCAAGACCAGCUGGGCCCUCUGGGUAUGAAAGGGGCUUCCGUGAAGAAGCAAAGUACGGAAACUCCUUCACUCCUCAGGGCAUCAUGGCUAGGCCUAGAUUUCCCUCCUCAAAUGGUAUGCAGGGUGACAGACAGAGUUUUAGAGCUCAAGAAAGAGUCCAAUAUCAAGAACAGAGUUUUAGGACACAAGAAAGAGCACAAUAUCAAGAACAGUACCACAGCUUGAGAACUGGGAUGUCUAGUUUAACAAUGGAAGAAAAUGUGAGAACCAGGUCUCCUGCCAGGCAACCAGGGAUGCCAAAUUCAGGGUACUCCACAAACCCACAACACCAGUUUGCGCAGGAUGCUCUUCCUUCGCCGCCUCCCAAGUGGAUUAACAAAGAAUCAACUGCAAACGGUGGGUUAUAUAAUAGGCAACAGGAAACUGGAUUUGGUGGAGCAUAUGAGCAGCCGCCAGUCAAGAAGGUGUAUCAGGUUAAGACUCGUGCUCCCCAGGAUAUGUCGGAUGCUAGAGACCAGACUGGGAGUGAUUCAUCUGGAUUUGUGUGA